AUGGCUUUCCUGGACAACCCAACAAUUAUACUUGCUCAUAUUCGGCAGUCGCAUGUGACCAGUGAUGACACAGGGAUGUGUGAAAUGGUCCUGAUAGAUCAUGAUGUCGACCUGGAGAAGUUUAAUCCGUCGUCAGCAUAUGGGGACAGUGGUUCAGAAACACAGGGAAGCAAUGGUGAGACUCAGGGCUAUAUAUAUUCCCAAUCAGUUGAUAUUACCUCAAGCUGGGACUUUGGAAUCAGAAGACGAUCAAACACAGCUCAGAGACUAGAACGUCUGCGGAAAGAGAGACAAAAUCAAAUAAAAUGCAAAAAUGUUCAGUGGAAAGACAGAAAUACUUCUUACUCAGCAGAGGAGCUGAGCUCACUAUUUGAAAAAAAGAAUUUCAGAGUAAAAUCUCCGUGUUCUGGGAAGCAGUCAAUAUUGUCUGUGCGACUUGAGCAGUGUCCGCUGCAGCUGAAUAACCCCUUCAAUGAGUACUCAAAAUUUGAUGGCAAG